AUGUCGGAGGACCGGGCACCCCCGAACGAUUGGGACAGCGAUGCCAGCGACGAAGAUACUGCGUCGCGCGUCAGCUCCAAGAGGAAGCGCCCUCCUGUGUCCGUCUCAUGUGAGCUCUGCAAGCAGCGCAAGGUCAAGUGUGAUCGCGGGCAGCCAUCGUGCGGUUGGUGCACCCGCAACGGCGCAACAUGCGAGUACAAAGAACGACGCAAGCCUGGCCUGAGGGCCGGCUAUGGGAGGGAGCUCGAGCAGAGGCUCGAUAAGCUUGAGCAGAUCCUCAGGUCCCACUCGGAGAUCCUCCAGGCCUCUCUGUCGAACCAGGGCAGCUCGACAUCGCCAAACCACCACAUGAGCUCUGCUCACAACAACCCACUCGCCUCCAGCCUCAACACCAUUUCGCCCAACAACAAUAGCCAUGGCAAUGCCAUGUCUCACCACGGCAGUCUACCAAGCGACAAUGGCACACCACGAGACCCCGUGUUCCGACCCCCAGAGCACCUCCGAACGCCCCAGGCGGAAACAGCCCUGUUUCUGCAUAAGCCGUCGAGCUUCACGCCAGCUUCGCAGGAUUUUGGCGUCCAUGUAGCACAGACGCCCGGCGUCGAGGGCUUCCACAAUGCUUCCAUUUCUGGCAUGUCAGCCCCGUCCCAAAUGCAAGGUCCGGUCAAUACGCACUCGCCGACAGUGCCCAUCCCCCAUGUCGGGGCCCCCGCGGCCUUGGAUCAGGAGAUGCCGCCUUACGACCUACUGUAUGCUCUGGUCGACCUCUACUUCAAGCACAUUAAUACGUGGUGCCCCAUACUACACCGCAAAACGACUCUGGACUCACUGUUCGGCCCCUCGACACUGCAGGAGACGGACAGGAUUCUGCUCCACGCCAUCGUGGCCACCACAAUGCGCUACUCUAACGAUGGCAGACUGACCGAGGAGAGACGACGCCACUAUCAUCAGGUGUCGAAAAAUAGGGUUCUCCUCUAUGGCAUGGAGAACGCCUCGGUCAAGGCAUUACAGGCCCUCCUGAUCCUCGCCUUGGAUCUCUGUGGUGACAGCAAUGGCCCGCCGGGCUGGAACAUUAUGGCAUUGAUCACCCGAUCGGUGGUGCAGCUCGGCUUGGCUGUCGAAGCCACAUCCUCCAGUGUGUCUCCAAACAUUACUUCGAUAUACACCCUCCGAGCAAUGGUGCUGCCGGACUCCAAGGACUUCAUCGAUGAAGAAGCUCGCAGGCGCCUGUUCUGGAUGAUCUACAUGCUCGACCGAUAUGCAACCAUUGCGACUGCCUUUGAGUUUGCGUUGGACGACAAGGAGAUUGACAGAACGCUACCUUGCCGCGACGACUUGUGGAUCAAGAACCAAAAGGUAGAGACCCGCUGGUUCAAGACCAAGGACCACCACGACGAGUCGGGCGAGUACGGCGUCAACAAGCCCGAGAACAUUGGCGCCUUUGGGUUUCAUUGCGAGAUCCUCAACAUCCUCGGUCAGAUCCACAACUUCCUCAAGCAACCGGUGGACAUUAGCGCGUUGAGCGAUGUGGAGCAGUGGCAGAUGCGGUACAAGGAGCUGGACAACAUGCUCACCUCAUACAAGUUCUCCCUGCCCAACGAGUACGGCAACAUGGCCAAGCUCUUCCAGCCGGGCAGUAAGAACCUAAAUUGCGGCUGGGUCAUGCUGCACGCAACAUACCACUUUGCCGUCAUCAGGCUACACUCUUCGGCAGCCUACCCCACCACCCGAUCGCCCAUCUUCACCCCAUCCUACAGCGCGUCCCAGCGGUGCCACGGGGCGGUCGAGAACAUCGCGGCUCUAGGAGAGUUUGUGAUCAACAACGGCCUCGUGAACAAACUCGGGCCGCCCUUUGCCUUCACGCUCUGGGUAGCGGCCCGGUUGCUGCUGGUCCACGGGUCCACGGUCGAGCACAAGCUGUCGCCCCAAAUCUCCUUCUUCGUCGAGACCCUGCGCGAGAUGGGUCGCUACUGGCCCGUGGCCGCGCGGUACUGCGAGCUCCUCUCUCGGGUCCUGGACGAGCACCGGGACAGCGAGCACAAGGGCGACGGCGUGACGCCGAGCUCGGUCAAGAUCCUCGCCGACAUGCGCCGCACAGCCUUCGACCUCGAUUUUCUCAUCUCUCGUCAGCCCAAGGCCGGUGGGGCGGCCGGCGGCUCGAUGAACCCCAGUCGGCUCCCGAGCGUGACGCCCGCGAGGACGCCCGCGCCAAACGAGCUGGAGUAUCUCGAUGUCUUUGACUUUUUCAACUUUCCCAGGCUUCCCGCCGGCGGGGAGAACAUCGUCUCCAACGGGAAUGGAAACAACACCCAGACACCGGCGCCGGGGGACGAGAUGGACCCUGGAGGCAACGGCCAGGGCUUGGCGAACGAGUUCAACAUUACGAAUUUCACGGUGGAUGCAAACAGCGACUGGCUGUUUAAACAGGAUUCCAUGAAUGGCAAGUUCAUGUCAUAG